UUCUGACUCGUGUGUUCUUCUCCUCAUCAACCACAUUCUUCUCUUCAUUUCUUUCCCUGAAAAAGCUUAAUCCGAUCUUCCUUUCCUGUUUUUGUUUCACCUUCAUUGUUAGCUAUGUUCGUCACGAAGCUUUUCUCACGCUCCUCCCGCAGCAUUUUCCGCAGCUCGCUGCUCUCGUCGGCCUCUCAAUCCGAUAAAACCAUUCACUUGCCAAUUCUCACGAAUCGCUUACACUAUCUUGCUAAUGAAUCAACCAACAAGAAAUCAGCGUUGCAUCAUUCAUUUUUCCUUCAAAAAUUUGGAUUAUCAACAUCUCCAUCCCCUGAGACUUCUAAUAAGGAAAAUGGCAAUACAGUACCAAGUAAUGGUGGCUCUACAACUGAUGCAGAGCCAAAGGCUGAAACUAACGGACAAACUCAAGAAUCAGAUAUUGAGAGCGAUGACAAUCUUACCAUGGAUGAUCUGGUGAAAGUUGUAGCGGAGAAGGAAGAGCUUUUGAAGUUAAAGCACAGAGAGAUUGAACAAAUGCAAGAUAAAGUUGUUCGCACUUAUGCAGAGAUGGAGAAUGUGAUGGCUAGGACAAGGCGUGAAGCUGAGAAUUCAAAGAAGUUUGCUAUACAGAACUUUGCAAAGAGUUUACUGGACGUUGCAGACAAUCUAGGACGAGCUUCAUCAGUAGUCAAGGAAAGUUUUUCAAAGAUUGAUUCAACUAAGGACUCUGCAGGGGCAGUACCCUUAUUGAAAACCCUUCUUGAAGGUGUUGAAAUGACCGAGAAACAGCUGUCUGAGGUGUUAAAGAAGUUUGGUGUGGAAAUAUUUGAUCCUACAAAUGAGCCAUUUGAUCCACAUAGGCACAAUGCAGUUUUUCAAGUACCAGAUGGUUCUAAGCCUCCUGGUACCGUUGCAAUUGUAUUAAAGAAAGGAUACAUGCUUUAUGAGCGAGUACUUCGACCUGCCGAAGUUGGUGUUACGACAGCCAUGGAGAAUGAGGACGAUGCAACUGAUGACGCAACCAAGAAGGGAUCUCAAGGUUGAAGGGUGGGUUGGAUGGAUGGAGAUGGUUUCCUCUAAAAAAAAAAAGUUUUGCUAUACGGGAAUGUUCUUUGGAAGAGAAGAUAUCUAAUCUGGACUUGUUAAUAUGCACAGGGAAAGAGAAACAAUUCAUUGCUGGGAUAAAAUUUGAUUUUGUUAUGUAUUUAGAGAGAGAUAUGAGAGUAUUUUCCAUGAUUUCCUGUCAGCUCCAAUUCAGAAUAUAUAUUUUGAUACCAUAAGCCUUUAUGAGUAAACACUUUCGUUGAGGCAUUUUUUCUUGUUGAAAAGUUAACAAAGGGCUUUCCGUCAAGGAUGAACCAAA